AUGGCGCUCUACCCAACCCAAGAUGGGGACAAGCUAAUAUUCGCCCCCGCAGGCGCACCCCAAUCUUUCGAGAUCUCCAUCGUCCCAACUCAGGCAGGUCAGUUCCUCAAGACCGAGCACCUCGGCGGUCUAAAGAAGACCGACCUAGCUCCAAACGAUCCCAUCCAUCAGUUCCACGCCUGGUUCGAUGAGGCAUCCCAACCCGGGUCGGGUAUCCCGCACCCGGAGACCUGCACCCUGUCCACGGCGCAGCUGCCGUCGGGUCGCGUGUCGGCGCGCAUGGUGUACAUGAAGGAGCUCGACGCCAAGGGGUUUGUCAUCUACAGCAACUUUGACACUAGCGGGAAAGCCCGGGACUUGUUUGGGACAGAGGACGGGUCGAGCACCGGGAACCCAUGGGCGUCGUUGGUGUUCUGGUGGGAGCCGCUGGAGAGGCAGGUCCGGGUCGAGGGGAAGGCGGAACGACUCCCCGCUGCGGAGAGCCAGGCGUAUUUCGAUACGCGGGUGAGGGGGAGCCGCAUCGGGGCGUGGUCAAGCCGGCAGAGCGCGGUGCUACAGCCGGAUGCGGCCGUGGAGGGCGAUGACGGCCGGACCAUGCUGGACAACUGGGUCAAGGAAACCGAGGCUAGGUUUGAGGGCGCCGACCACAUACCUGUGCCUGAGUUCUGGGGCGGGUUGAGGAUCGUGCCAGAACGGGUCGAGUUCUGGCAGGGGCGGCAAAGCCGGUUGCAUGACCGGUUCGUGUAUGACCGUACCAAGGGGGAGGAUGGCAGCGAUAAGUGGACUUUGGAGAGGCUCAGUCCAUGA